GGUGAGACAGAAGCAGAAACAGAAACUAACACUGAAAGGAAGAAAGAAAAAAAAAAAGCGACUGCGAAUUACUUCCAGAGAAAGUGGGUGGAUGUUGUGCAGCAGCGACCUGGGAUUUUAGGGGAUGCACCCUUAUAUUUUGCUUCUCUCCAGUCCGAGCCUCCCUUCUCCGGUGGCAGAAAGCGGCUGUACUCGGUACAAGAGGAGGAAUAAGCAGGAGGGGUUCGGUCAGCAGUGCUUGCGGUGCCCUACUGAUCUGCUUUAAGGAUUUUUUUUUUUCCUUUUCCUGGUGGAUGUUUUCUUGACCUUGAUUUUGAGACCUCUUACUUGCAUCGCAGUUUUUGUGGCUUUAUGUCCUUUGGCGAAAAGUGGAAAGGGGAAGGCUGGCUUCAGUGCUGAAAGUUGCAGUCGUUAUUAUUUUGGAGCCAGCAUGUGCACCAACAUAGUCUACGAGUGGCUGAAGACCCUGCAGCUCCCCCAGUAUGCGGAGUCCUUCGUCGAUAAUGGCUACGACGACCUGGAGGUCUGCAAGCAGAUCGGCGACCCGGACCUGGAUGCCAUCGGCGUGGCCGUGCCUCACCACCGCCGCCGGAUCCACGAAGCCGUGCGGCGGCUGAAGGAGGCGGACGAGAGGGCGGCGGGGCUCUACUUCACCCUGGAGCCGCCGCCGCCCGCCCCCACCGGGCGCUGUCCCCGCCGGGCGGGGGGGCCCGAGGAGCCGCGGCGGGGGGCGGCCCCCAGGGCCCGGCCCGGCGGGCGGCGGGGGGCGGCGGGCGGCGGCGGGCUGGUCGCGUACCCCAGGCUGAAGCUGAAGAUCAUGAUCCGGGACAAGCUCGUCCGCGACGGCAUCAACCUGAGUAAGCCGCCCUACUCCAACAAGGACGGGUCACUGGGAAAUAUUGAUGAUCUGGCACAGCAGUAUGCAGACUACUAUAACACCUGCUUCACAGAUGUGUGUGAGAGGAUGGAAGAGCUGCGCAAGAGGAGGGUUUCCCAAGACCUUGAUUUGGAGAAACCUGAUACCAGCCCCACAUCUCUACAGCUGCGAUCCCAGAUUGAGGAAUCACUUGGUCUCAGCAGCACUGCAUCAACACCUGACACUGAAAGAAAGCUCUCCAUUCAUAAAUCAAGUUCAGAAGAAGGCUCUGUAGGGAAAGCAGACUGGAAAAAGAAAAAUAAGUUUUUUUGGCAGAAUUUCCGAAAGAACCAGAAAGGACUAAUGAGGCAGACUUCAAAAGGAGAAGAUGUCGGUUAUGUGGCCAGCGAGAUCACAAUGAGUGAUGAGGAACGGAUCCAGUUGAUGAUGAUGGUGAAAGAGAAGAUGAUCACCAUUGAGGAAGCACUUGCUAGGCUGAAAGAGUAUGAAGCCCAGCACAGGCAAUCGAGUGCUGUAGAUGCUACAGAAUGGCCUGAUGGCUCUUACUCGACACUUGAUGGGUCUUCCAAUUGUAAUUCAAGAGAACAAUCCGAUGAUGAAACAGAGGAGUCGGUGAAGUUUAAGAGGUUGCACAAGCUGGUGAAUUCUACUCGCAGAGUCAGGAAGAAACUCAUAAGAGUUGAAGAAAUGAAAAAACCCAGCACAGAAGGUGUAGAAGAGCACCCACUUGACAACUCUCCUAUACUGGAUGACAGAUCAGCACUUUACUCUGGAGUUCACAAGAAGCAAUUCUACUUUGACAGCUCCUGCGAAAAGCAGCCAGAGGACGACUCGGACUCACUCACUACUUCUCCCUCAUCCAGCAGUCUUGAUACGUGGGGAGCUAACCGAAAGCUGGUGAAGACCUUCAGCAAAACUGAUAGCCGUGGUCUUAUCAAGCCUCCCAAGAAACUGGGGACAUUUUUCUCUUACCCAGAAGAGGAGAAGUCCCAGAAAGUUUGCCGCUCCUUGACAGAUGGGGAAAUGAAGAAGAGCCUCGGCUCACUGAGCCAUGGGGUAAGUACAGAAAGCAUUUGCUUUUAUGACAGCAACAGGCACAAGCACCAUCUUCUGGUGUCCCUGGAGGAGAUUCAGAGUGUAAGGAAGCAGAUCCGAUUGAAGAAAAUGGAUACUAACUAUUCCUGUUCCAGAGCUUUUCUUUGCCAGCGCCCUGCUAGGAAAGGAGCAUCCCCCACAGCUUGCGACCUGCAAUUGCUGCGGCACAAAACGAAAGGGGGUGGAGGUUGUGGCUUCCCAAACAGAAGGCUACGAGGGCGCACCUCUGUCAGCGAGUUCAAUAUCACCUAUGUGGUGGAGAGAAGCCUGUACAGUCACCUCAACCUCUCACAGCUGGUGCGUCCCGUUACUGACAGGACCCUGAGCAAGGCCGACAAGCAGGACCUGAGGAGAUGCCUGCUGGAGGAGGAUGAGGAGGCCAAGAGGAAGUGGGCUGCCACAGUGGAUCGCUGUACUAAAAGGGUUCUCUUGAGAAUCCACCAAAAGUCUAGAACCUGUAGCUUUGGAGGCUUUGACUUGACAAAUCGUUCCCUUCAUAUUGGAAACAGUUCUGACCAAAUGGGCAAAGAAGGAGAUUUUGUUUAUAAAGAAGUGAUCAAAUCACCCUCUGCCUCCCGUAUAUCUCUGGGCAAAAAGGUGAAGUCUGUAAAAGAAACCAUGAAGAAAAGGAUGUCAAAAAAAUACAGCAGCUCUUUGUCUGAGCAGGAGUCCAGCCCUGGGAUCGUGCCGGGUUCCCCGCAGUCGCCACCACCAGACACUGACUCCCUGGACAAACCCAAGCUGAAAGCUGGCGGCUCGGUGGAGAGCCUGAGGAGUUCCUUAAGCGGUCAGAGCUCAAUGAGUGGUCAGACAGUUAGUACGACAGAUUCCUCAACCAGCAACAGGGAGAGUGUGAAAUCAGAAGAUGGUGAUGAUGAAGAGCCUCCUUACAGAGGACCUUUCUGUGGAAGAGCCAGGGUUCACACUGAUUUUACUCCGAGUCCUUAUGAUACAGAUUCUCUGAAGCUCAAGAAAGGUGACAUCAUUGAUAUAAUCAGCAAGCCCCCCAUGGGCACUUGGAUGGGUCUGUUGAACAACAAAGUUGGCACCUUCAAAUUUAUCUAUGUGGAUGUGCUAAAUGAAGAGGAAGAGAAGCCGAAGCGGCCCACCAGGAGACGGCGAAAAAGCAGACCACCCCAGCCCAAGUCAGUUGAGGAUCUCUUGGAUCGCAUCAAUUUGAAGGAGCACAUGCCCACUUUUCUGUUCAAUGGUUAUGAAGAUCUGGAUACCUUUAAGCUUUUAGAAGAAGAAGAUUUGGAUGAACUGAACAUCCGAGAUCCUGAGCACAGAGCUGUUCUCCUCACAGCAGUGGAACUUCUUCAGGAAUAUGAUAGUAACAGCGACCAGUCAGGAUCUCAGGAGAAACUUCUCAUUGAAGGCCAAGGCCUAAGCGGAUGCUCUCCUCGGGAUUCUGGCUGCUAUGAAAGCAGUGAAAACCUGGAGAAUGGUAAAACUCGAAGGACCUGUCUUCCACCCUCUAAAUCAGCAAUUGAGCAUAGCUUUAGGGAUUUCAGCAGAAACCAGCUAUCAAAUUAUCCCACUCUUCCACUGAGCAAGUCAAUAGAAACUCUGCAGCCAGGGGAAAAAGAGAGCCGGCUGGGUUGUGCACAUCGUGCUCUGAAGAGCUCUGUCAAGCCUCCAGCCAUCAUGGCUCUGAAGAAGAACCGCAGAAGUUUACCAGUAGCUGUGUGUCGAAGCUAUGAAACUCUGGAUGGCCCCCAGGGUGUAGAUACAUGGCCAAGAUCCCACUCACUGGAUGAUCUCCAGGGAGAACCCAAUACCAACUUACAGGACGCUAACAAGAAAAUAGGUUCUUUUCCUCAGGAUUCACUGGAUACAGCUAAAAAGGCAACUGGCUCUGCCUUGCUGCCUCAGUCUCAUGGAGGCAGCUGUAAGAUAGAUGAUGUCAUGGCUAAGCAAGGCAAAGGGGCUGCUAAUUCUCAGAAGGGAAGAGCUAAGGAAUUGAACUGCUCUGUAAUGGAGACUGCAGGUGGAAAGCCUGCUCCAUUCCCCCUGAAAAACUGUGACGCUCAGCCUGCCUUAGUGAUGCAUCAUGCAACAAGGACACCUCUGGAAAUACAGAGUAAAGGUUUUCAUGACCUUGCACGGGCUGAUUAUGCUCCAGUCCUUAAGGGAGGUCUAGAAGCUGAGCAAAAAAGCACAAACGAGGCAAGAAUGCAACCAAAAAAUCCCUCUCAGCCACCACCUGUCCCUGCCAAAAAAUGCCGAGAACGCCUUUCUAAUGGAUUAUAUCAUCCUCCCACGACCACAAGUGGAAACCACUCAAAUUUAGAAGCACCAUGUUUGCCAGUAAAAAAGACAAGCUCAUCCACUCCCAUUGAUUGUCAUGGAGUACCUGUCCACAGGACCUCUUCUGAACAGGAGCCCAGUAGCCCUCCUAGCCCGCUGCCACCCUGGCUGUCGGAGCUCCCAGAGACUGCUAGUGUUCAGCAGCAUGUGGUAAAGCUUGGUCCGGCAUCAGCAAGGAAAGUCUCAUGCAGCAGAGGAAUGGAUCUGGAAAUGGUGAUAGAAAACAAGCUGCAGUCUGAAGACAUCGAUCUUACUGAAGAACCAUACUCAGACAAGCACGGUCGCUGUGGCAUUCCUGAGGCUUUGGUACAGAGGUACUCUGAAGAUUUAGAGCAGCCUGAAAAGGAUGUGGCUACAAACAUGGACCAAAUCCGAGUAAAGCAGCUGAGGAAGCAGCAUCGCAUGGCAAUUCCAAGUGGAGGACUCACAGAAAUUUGCCGUAAACCGGUAUCCCCAGGACUCAUCACCUCUGUGUCUGACUGGCUGAUUUCCAUUGGUCUGCCUAUGUAUUCCAGCCUGCUCACAGAAGCAGGAUUCAACACACUGAGCAAAGUGCCUUCUCUGUCACAAACUUGCCUUCAAAAAGCUGGCAUCACAGAGGAAAGGCACAUAAGCAAGCUCCUGGCAGCAGCAAGACUCUUCAAACCUCUUGAUCCAGAGGCAAUUUAACAUGCUCCAUAGGGUGACAUUGCCUGGUCGAGAAUCCACUGCUUCUUCCUGCACCAGUACCACUCUAAUCACUUCACAUAGCUAAAGGGAUCAAGGAAUUGGCUCCCCAGGACAGGCAGAUAUCUUCUUCAAAAGAUAUGAAAGUAUUUGGCCACUGAAGGAGAAGAGAGGCAACCACCAGGUAACAUAGAUGUGGUACUUCCCUCCCCCCUCACUCCCAUCUAAAGUAUUCCUAUUUCAUAAACUGCACAGGGUUGGCCUAAGAAUCAGACAGGUUCACAGAAUUAAGGGACCCUUGCACAUUUUCCUCAAGUUUGUGAUAGUGAUACUAGUAACAGGUCUUUUGUACAUCUAGGUUCCAGGUACCUGAAAUCAGUUCUAAAGACCAGGUACAAAUCAAGGUGCAAAUUCCAGUAGAAGCUGUUUGGCAAAUGUCUUUUGUUUAUUACAGCAGUCUAGAGCUAAACACAAAGCCCUCCCCAAUCAUCUUUGCUGUUGCUUGAUGUAGGUCCCAGUUGCUACGAAGCCUUUAGCUAGGCUGAAGUUGAUGGACUGAAAUUAGUUUUCAGUGUGGUCCAUCUCUGUCACUUCAAUGCAACUAACCCACGGAGAGUCAGAAAGCUUCUUUUUAUUUGUACAGAGCUGAGAUAAUUUUUAUAACUGCUUUCUAGCAAUCAGCUUUUUAUUUGCCUUAAAAUAAGCUUUUAAGCAGUUACCUAGUGUUCACUUUACCUGUUUUCACAUUUUCCAAGCCUUGUUUCAACCUGUCACACUUAAGUUGCAUUUAAGGUGAUUUCCAGCUGAAGUAGCUUCUAUAAAAUGCCUCAUCAUAACAUCUCCUGUACUGUAGAGGUGCUUUUAUAAAUGCAGGGAUAUGCUAGGUUUCAGUUGUCAGGUUAACUCCUUGUUCACUACAGUUUGCAUUUACUGUUGUUACUAAACUGUUCCAAGAUAUACUGCCUUGUAUAUAUGUAACUGCUUUUCAUUUUAAUCAUAUUCUGUGUACUGUGUUAUAUUGUCAAUCAUUAUGCAGCAGCUUUGACUUGGUAUCCUGACCAUAUUGAUUCCAAACAGUGGGUUUCUGCAAAUGAAAAUUCACUUGCAUUGAAAAAGCAAAUUGUGUCCCAUAGAAAUCAUUAGACCCAGUAAUUCCAUGGCAUGGACAAGAAAAUUCCCAGAUAGUCUUAUGAAUAACACUGUGAUUUUUAGAACACACCACUGCAUUAAUAUUACCUCUCGCUGGAAAAGAGCAUUGUUCUGGCAAAUGUGAUGAACCGUUUCUCAUGACGCAAUGAUAUUUUUCUGCCUCCAUGUGAAAUGUUCCAGUCGCAUAUGUGACCAAUGACAGAUUUUAUUUUUCUAUAUUGGGUACAUGUUUUAUAUACCAAAUACAAAUGAUCAUGAAUAGCACAUAACCAGAUUUUUCUUUGGGGUCUAAAUGUGGUGUGUCCUUCAGCUUCUUGUAGGGCAAAUGCUCUGUGGAAGACAGAGUAAGCUUAGUCUGGCAGUUAAAGGGAGAUAGAAUAGAAACCUGCACACAGGGAUGUGUGGUUGUUUCCAGUAUCUGUUCUGACAUCAAUUUACUGUAUAAAACCAGACAAGGCACUUCACUGUUUGGUGCUCCAAUUAUCCCAGUCUCAUACUGGGAUAUCCCAGCUCAUACUGAGCUAAUGACUUAUGAUAAAAUGCUGUCAGAUUGAUGAAUGAAAGAUUGUGGUUACUCCAUGAUUCUUUACUAUAUCUGGCCCUUCACAGUCAUGUUUUAAGUGGAUGCAUUUUACUACAUAUGAUAACUAAUUUGCCUUCUGGUAGAAUUGAUAGCUGUUAGGUUUACUCCCCACAUUUCAUACUUCACCAGUGUCUACUCAUGCCAUCAUAUGAAGGCAACUAAUUCACUGAUGCAACCUGAAGUUGUUCUCAAGCAAAGCUCUAAUAUUCUUCUUGGUGUCUGAUAAGCAGCAUGUUCUCAUAUGACAGAAUCAGGAGAGACAGAGCAGACACAUGUUUUGACAGCUGGUGAAAAUCUGUGCAGCCUUGCCUCAAGUCCCAUGUGCAGUUUUGGGCACAAGAGUAUAAAAAUUACAUUACGCUAUUGGGGAGCAUCCAAAGGAGAGCCACAAGGAUGGUGAAGGGUCUGGAGGGGAAGCUUUGUGAGAAGCAGCUGAGUCUGUUCAGCCUGGAGGAAACUGAGGGGAUACCUCGUUGCACAUCCUCAUGAGAGGAAGCAGAGGGGCAGGUACUGAUCUCUUCACUCUGGUGACCAGGGACAGGACCCAAGGGAAUGGCCUGAAGCUGUGUCAGGGGAGGUUUAGGUUGGCUAUCAGGAAAAGGUACUUCAUCCAGAGGACGGUUGGGCACUGGAACAGGCUCCCCAGGGAAGUGGUCACUGCUCCAAGCCUGUCUGAGUUCAAAAGAUGUUUGGACAAUGCUCUCUGGUACAUGGUGUGACUCUUGGGGAUGGUGCUGUGCAGGACCAGAAGUUGGACUUGAUGGGUUCCCUUUUGUAGCUCAGUAUAUUUUAUGAUUCUAAAAGAUUUUUUUUAAUUGAUUUUUUAAUAAUUUUUUUUCUCUUGUUCUUCUCUGAGUCUUACAUGGUGACUAUCAGUAAGCAGGAGAUGGAAAGAGUAUUGAGACUUCCUGGGAUUGCUAGCAGGGACCAGAACAGAGUAGAAGUUAGUGGACAGCAGUUAUAUUACAGCGAGGGAAAAGUCCAUGCUGACUAUAGCAAUAAAAAAAGGAAACAAAUUUCCUUGUGUUGCAGGGAAGACAAGUCAUAUAAUAAAGCUCUCCCAUAUUAAUCACUCCCCCCUCUCUUAAUAACAGAAGGAGAAUUAUGGGAAUAAGCUGAAACUCUUUGCCAAACUCUCUUUGUAAAUCCAUUCUUUUUUAAUGAUUAUGUGACCCAAGGAAACCAAAUCACACCCAUCAGGACUGGAGUGAGUAGUUUGAGAUUUAUGAGUUUUAAUAUUUGUUUUGUUUUCUUUUAUAGACUGUGCUUUGUAGUCUUACUUGAAUUACAAUUUUAGUUUAUAUUCUAAUCAAAAAAAAGCCUUAAGCUUCUCAGUGUUUGAGCUUCCCUGCUGUGGUUUCAGUGACCUAUGGCAUUCCCCAAGCAGCUGAGGUGGUGCAUUGUGAGAGCCAUAACCUCUUGCAUCUUCUUGCAACCUUCAAUGCUCUAAGCAAAAGUUCACUCAUUAACUCUUGGAAAGCACAGAAGAAACCUGCUGCUGGAAUCUUAAUCUGCUCUACUCAGGCUCACCAUAUUAAGUAUCUAUCCAUUGUAUCUUAGUAACCCAAACAGCUAUUUAACAAUAGAAGCAGCAAGCCCAAAAUAUUACCAAAUGCCAUCAUAAUCAUAUGCUUUGAUCAAUAACCUGCUGUUGCUACCCAGGUGGCAAUUCCCUGUGCUCUUCUAUGAGCCUGGCUGUGGAUGCAGACUGGGAGCAUGAUCAGAAGCAUUAAACAUUGCAUUAUGCAAACAGGCCAUCAUGUCUAAGAGCAGCAAUAGUGGUCGAUUCACCAAGUCACAGCUGUGCAGUUGUACUGUAUUAUUUUUAGAAUAAAUAAUACUUUCAGUCCAAGAUACUUUUAGCAUUAAUUGACACCCUUUGGGGAAUCAAAACUGUUAAGCAAGUUAUGUAACAACUAACAAAGUUGCACUUUCUGUAUAUGAAAUCAAUAUUUAAAUAACUUAUUUUUCUCCAUUUGCUGUUCUUAAAUGAUGUAAGUAGCUGUAAUAUACCAGUACUCAAUACGUCCUGCAGUUUGCUUCAACCCAAGAAAGCUGUGUAUUGUAAAGAAAAAAAAAACAUAAACAAAAUAUGAAUGUGUAAAGAUUAUUGUGCUGUUUCAUUUAGCAAAAAAAAUGGUUGACAAAAGGGUUUUCCUGUGUAUCAAAACUUGUCUAUAAUUAUAUGUCAUACUGUUCAUAGAUAAAAAGUAAAUAAAUUUCCAUGGUCUCUCUC